AUGCUACAGGUUCACGCCUUUCUCCCUUCCUUUGGCCUCUCUCACAAUGCUACAGGUUCAUGCCUUUCUCCCUUAUUUGGGGUUCAGGUUCAUGCCUUUCUCCAUUCCUUUGGCCUCUCUUAUAGGUUCAUGCCUUUUAAUUCCUUUGGCCUCUUAAAUUGGACUUUCCCUUCCUCCCUUUUGGCCUCUCUCACAAUGCUACAGGUUCAUGCCUUCCUCCCUUCCUUUGGCCUCUCUCACAAUGCUACAGGUUCAUGCCUUUCUCCCUUCCUUUGGCCUCUCUCACAAUGCUACAGGUUCAUGCCUUUCUCCCUUCCUUUGGGCUCUCUCACAAUGCUACAGGUUCAUGCCUUUCUCCCUUCCUUUAAACAAAUGCUACAGGUUCAUGCCUUUCUCCCUUCCUUUGGCCUCUCUCUACAGGUUCAUGCCUUUCUCCCUUCCUUUGGCCUCUCUCACAAUGCUACAGGUUCAUGCCUUUCUCCCUUCCUUUGGCUUCUCUCACAAUGCUACAGGUUCAUGCCUUUCUUCCUUCCUUUGGCCUCUCAAACAUUUACAGGUUCAUGCCUUUCUCCCUUCCUUUGGCCUCUCAAUCUACAGGUUUGCCUUUCUCCUUCCUUUGGCCUCUCUCACAUAGGUUUGCCUUUCUCCCUUCCUUUGGCCUCUCUCACAAUGCUACAGGUUUUGCCUUUCUCCCUUCCCCUCUCUCUUAAGCUACAGGUUCAUGCCUCUCUUACAAUACAGGUUCAUGCCUUUCUCCCUUCCUUUGGCCUCUCUCACAAUACUACAGGUUCAUGCCUUUCUCCCUUCCUUUGGCCUCUCUCACAAUACUACAGGUUCAUGCCUUUCUCCCUUCCUUUGGCCUCUUUCACAGGUUCAUGCCUUUCUCUCCCUUCCUUUGGUUCUCACAAAAAGGUUCAUGCCUUUCUCCCUUCCAUUCACAAUACUACAGGUUCAUGCCUUUCUCCCUUCCUUUGGCCUCUCUCACAAUUGGUUCAUGCCUUUCUUCCUUCCUUUGGCCUCUCUCACAAAGAAAUGCCUUUCAUCAAAACUCGUCCAAACAUUCGUCCUCUUCUUUUUUGUCUCCCUCAUACCAAACAUUCACUGAUCUCUGCUGUUCUUAAAAACUGCUAUCAUUUGAAAUUCUUGGACUUAUCUGCCUGCGCUGAAAUCACAUCCGAAGCUGUCCAGACUUUGUUUGAAAUUUUUACCCCAACAAAUAAUCGAUCAAAACUAAAGGUCAUCCUUGGAGGCACCGCAUAUGAGAAAUCAGAAUGGCAUACAGAUGAGGAACGAAUUGACAAAGAGGAUCAGUUUGCGACUAAUCUCGAUUUUUCUUUCUGUCUAAAUGUCUCUCUCUCCCUCCCUCUUAAUGUCUCUCUCUCUCUCCCUCCCUCUUCAUGUCUCUCUCUCCCUCCCUCUUCAUGUCUCUCUCUCCCUCCCUCUUCUCUCUCUCCUCCCCUCUUCAUGUCUCUCUCUCCCUCCCUCUUCAUGUCUCCCUCCCCUCUUCUCUUCUCUCUCCCUCCCUCUUCAUGUCUCUCUCCCUCCCUCUUCAUGUCUCUCUCCCUCCCUCUUCAUGUCUCUCUCCCUCCCUCUUCAUGUCUCUCUCCCUCCCUCUUCAUGUCUCUCUCCCUCCCUCCCCUCUUCAUGUCUCUCUCCCUCCCUCCCCUCUUCAUGUCUCUCUCCCUCUUCAUGUCUCUCUUCCCCUUCAUGUCUCUCUCCCUCCCCCUUCAUGUCUCUCUCUCUCCUCCCCUUCAUGUCUCUCUCUCCUCCCUCUUCAUGUCUCCCUCCCUCUUCAUGUCUCUCUCCCUCUUCAUGUCUCCCUCUCUCCCUCCCUCUUCAUGUCUCUCUCUCCCUCCCUCCCUCUUCAUGUCUCUCUCUCUCCCUCCCUCUUCAUGUCUCUCUCUCCCUCCCUCCCUCUCCCUGUCUCCAUGUCUCUCCCUCCCUGUCUCCAUGUCUCUCCCUCCCUGUCUCCAUGUCUCUCCCUCCCUGUCUCCAUGUCUGCCUGUCUCCCUCCCUGUCUCCAUGUCUGCCUGUCUCUCUCCCCUCUCUCUCUCCCCGAACCUCUCUCUUUUUCUUUCUCUCUCUUUCUCUCUUUUCCUUUCUCUCUCUCUCUUUCUCUCCGUAUCUCUCUCUAUCUCUCCGUAUCUCUCCCUCUCCGUCUCUGUGUUUCUCUCUUUUUCUCUCUCCCCUUGUCUGUUCGUGCCUCUUUCUUUGUCUCUCUUUCUCCGUAUGUUUUAUGAUGGAAAUAUCGACUAUUAUGAUGGCUUGUCCUCCUCUGAGGAACUUGAUGACUGGUUCGACGAUUGCUAUGAGGAUAUGUAUGAUGAUUAUGACACCUACAGCGAUUAUGAAUACAAUUUGGUGGAUAUGUCCGAUGUCUCGGACAUAAUAUGGAGUAUGAGUGAUCCAUUUUAUUAUCUACACGAUGAUGUUAUAAGAGUCCCUGACCUCUCCGACGAUGACUUCUCAAUAUGA